AGUUGACUUGGAAGUGGUGCGCCGUCUCUAUCCCAGUGUGCACCGCGGCUUGGCAGCACGUUAACGUCAAUCUGCCGUUUUAACAGCGACGCUGUGACGUCAGAUACAGUUAGUUUAUCUAUGGAAUUCACCAUAACCCUCAAAAAUAUACACGUGUUGUUAAAACCACAGCUGAAAUGAAAGAAUGCAAAGUACUUAUUGAUUGUUCUUACUGAUUUUCAAUAUCAAACGAAGUGUUAAAGCUCGGGCAUAUAUAUAUGAAAACGAUAUUCUUACAAGGAUUACAUUUAAAAAUGUGUUUGGUUGCAUGAUUUUUUGGUUAACAGGAGAAUGCAUGUUAUAGUAUUGCUAUCAGUGACGUUUCUAAAACGCACAAAUAAUUUGCCCGAAUUUCCCCGAAUCAAAGAACCGUGACACCUGUGAAUCGUCACUGGGAACGGGAGUCGGUUGCUAGGAGACCAGAUACAUACUAAACAGAAGGGCUGCAAUCUUGCUGGCUCCGCGAUCAUUCAGUGUCCUGCCAGGUAGCCUCCUAACCAGACUGCGCCAGCAUGCCGAAGAAAGGUGGUAAGAAGUCAGCAAAGCUGAGCAAUAUGAGUGAGGAGGAGCGGCUGUUGUUCAUGCAGCAGAAAGCCCUGGCUGAGGAGGAGCUGAGCAAGAAGAAGGAGGACAUCCUCACUCAGUUCCUCAAGGACAAGCUUGCCAAGGAGGAGAAGAGCAGUGUGCUGAACCUGAACAAGAUCAACCAGCAGUGGAGAGUGCUGAUGAGGGAGACAAAGGGGCGCGAGCUGAAGAAGGACAUUGAGGUGCUGAGCCAGACCUUCGAGAGAGUGGUGGACCGCAAGGACAGCGUCAUCAAGUCUCUGGCCUGGGACCUGGAGGAAGCUGAGGCCCAGUAUUCGCAGGCUCUGAGGGCUCACCUGCACAAUCUGGACGUGCUGCUGCAGCUGCAGAGAGGGAGGCUGGAGAGCCAGGAGCAGAACUACCAGGCUGAGCUGGAGGCUCUGCGGGGCGAGUUCCACACGGAGAGAGAGCUGAUCCUGUCCCAGCACCAGCAGGAGUGCACCCACGUGGAGGACAUCUCCUUCGCGAUGGAGCAGAACUACAGCGAGCAGGAGAACGACGUGAAGCAGGACUUCCACAGCGUCCGAGACGAGAUCAGGAACAAGAACAUCGAGGAGAAGCACGCCCUGCGCAUCCAGCUGGAGGGCACGGUGGAGGAGCUGUGGCGCCACUUCCAGCAGGCGCUGCGCAGCUACAACGAGGCCACCGAGGAGCGCAAGAGCGCCUUCGAGGCACUGCGGGGACGAGACGAGAAGAGCGCCAAGGAGAUCGAGAUGCAGAUGAAGAAAAUACAGAAGCUGCAGGACUCCAUCGCGCUUGUGCGCUCCCGUCUCGCCUCCAACGCACGGGAGAGCGAGAAGCAGAACCGGCGGCUGCAGGAGGAGAAGGAGGCGAUCCAGGGGCACUUCCACACUAUCAAGACCCAGAUGAACCGGGCCCGGGCCUGUGAGAGAGGACAGCUCGCCAAGCUCACCCUGCACAGCAACGCUGCCAUCAAGAAGCUCCAGCAGCUCAUUGAGAAGGGGGACUACGUGCUCAGGCUGACAGAGAUGUGUCGGAAGCUGGAGACAGAGGAGGAGAAGGUGCUGCCGUUCUACAGCUCCUCCCUGAGCGCAGAGGAGCAGAGCCAGGAGCAGGCAGCUAACAUGGAACCCCCUACCGAACAGCUAGCCCAGGCCAUGCAGGAUUACACCGCUCUGGAGCGCUUCUGGCAGCGCUACAACAAGGCCCUGCUGGAGCAGCUGGCUCUGGAGCGGGAGAAGGCGGUGCUGGCACAGGAGAAUGCUCAGCUCAGGCAGCUCCUGAAGCAGUACCUGGACGGGAUCUCAGUCAGCGACGACACCCUCGGGCAGCUCAACCCACUGUUCAUCGUGAACCAGCGCACCAACGCCAGGCUGCCCGCCGUGCCGCUCAGCGAGGGCAGGGUGGCACGGCACGCACACACCGUGAUCGAGGCGGCACACAUCGUCCAGCACACCAUCUGAACAGGGCGCUGCGCUCCCCGCGCACUGCCGUCAUUCACCGCGACCCGGACUGACUCAUCAGAGAGAGCGUUCGUCAUCAAGUGGAUGUAUCUUUACAACACAGUUUGCACCUUUUUUUUUUGUGAAUGGAUCUUUCAAAAAGCAUUUCAAUGUAAAGAGCUUAAUAGUAGGCAGGUGGCUUAUAGCAGUGAUAACCAAGGCUUUAAUCCCAUUUUUUUUAUUCCGGAGCUUGAAUCACUCAAUCAUACAUCAUAUGGAAGUCCUAGAAAGAGUACAGGGAAAUCAACACCUAGACAAGUGUUGUGGCUCGUGCCUUCAUCAAAAUGUGCCAGUAAGCAGGACCAGAAACUUUUGAUUUGUUGCAAUAUAUCUACAAACCCCAUAUAAAAACAAGCAAAUACCUUUUAUCACAAGAAAAGGCUUAAGAGUUAAGGAAACGGAUUGUAAAGCCCUGGUUAUCGCUGCUCCCAGUUUAGUAGAAAUCCCCUCUACAGCCUUCCUUCUGUAAUAACAGGGUGAGCUGGAGCUGUGGUGUAACACCCUAUAACACACUCACUGGAUCAGUAAUUUGUGUAUUUAUUAUAAAGCAUUCAAUGUCAUGAUGUAUAAAACACUACUUAUAAUAAAUGCAGUUUACAAUGGACAUGCCCUACUAGAUGUCCAAAUUUACAUUUUCUGAAAAGGUGUCAUUUUGCUAUAUGCUAUACAGACCAUCUAUUAUUUUAUAUCGACAGCUUGCAGACAUUUCAGUAGUACUUUAUAUUUCAACCACAUAACAGUAAAACACACCAUGUAUCCCUGGGGCUGGCAGUGUGUUAGGAAGCCUUUUAAAAACAUGAGCACAACUUCUUAGUGUAGUAGAUCAGUCUCAAGCACAAUACAAAAUAGUUUUAAUAUUAUUGAAAAUAAAGCACACCUACAGUAGAAGGGGUUUCACGAGCUCGCAGAUCUGUCAGUGGUUCCAUGAGGGAGCCCUUUGUUAUGAGUGU